GUUUCGAAAGGCGCUGUCUAUUGUAUACUUUUUCAUACUCACAUUCUUCGGCCAGACACUGGGCCAAAAGCUGGAUGUUGAGCCGGGGCGGACAUACCAGGGCAAUGAAACACAGCCUUACUUGGCUAUUAUGGACAAGUAUAUGAGUUUCGCUGAAGCAUCUUACUAUUUCCUGCGCCAUGGAGAUGGCUUCUCGUGUGGAGCGGCUUGCAACUUCUCUGCGAUUCCACGACACAAUGUUGAAUACGACAUGGCACAGUCCAAACCCGGUCUCAGACGGCUAUCUGGCAGUUAACCCAAAGGAAAAGGAAAUCUAUGUGGUCUGGACUGGUACCCGUCGCAUUCGGUCAGUCCUGGUCGACUUCGCAUUUGUAUUCGAGGACUUCCCCACGGACAUUCCAGGGUCGGCUGUCCAUGCUGGAUUCCUCGAAUCAACCAACGCAGUGUACCCGUAUAUCGUGAAGAAUAUCAACUCUCUUGCUGAAGACUAUCCCGACUACACCAUCGCGUUUAUUGGGCAUUCUCUAGGAGGAGCAAGCGCAGCUCUCUCGGCGCUCCAGUACGCCAAAGACACCUUAUUCAACAAGGACCGCAUCCAGGUGUGGACAUUUGGCGAGCCUCGUGUUGGAAACAAGCGGUUUGCAGAGUACUACACCGAGUUGCUGGGUAACCAGACGUACAGAGUCACAUUCCAGGCCGACGUUGUGCCGCAUGUGCCGCCAUGGCAGUUCCUUGGGUACCAGCACCACCCGCUGGAAAUCCACAUCAUCAAUCCAGAGGGCGACUUUUACGUGUGCCAAAACACUGUUCGUGAGGAUCUGGACGGUGCAUACAGGUGGCCGACAGUUGAUACCAGCUUCUCGGACCAUAUCAGCUACUUUGGCAAGCCGGAUAUUGUCAAUUUCGACCCUCUGGUCCGCUGGUAA